AUGCGGAAGGAAAGAAUGGAAAAUCCAACAACCACUGGCAAGAUAGCAGGGAGAAGAGGUCAAGGUUUUGGAACAUUUUCACUAGGGAUAAUUCUAUUAUGCAUGAGGAAGAUAACAGCUUCUGGAUCUCCUUUUUACUGGUACAUAGCCAUCGUGUUUUUUUUACUAGUUUCAGUAGGUCUAAUUUUAGCAACAAACGUCCUAUUUCCGGUAGCGGGAGAAGCGUCUCCAAGACCAGUGGUUCGAUUCCUACUAAACUUUCCAGCCCUAGUUAUAUUAUGCAUAGGCAUUUCGCUGCUAAUACUACUCGUCAUCGACUUCUUUGAUUAA